AUGAGUAAAGAAGAGAGUAACGCGCAACAAAGCGCAAAUGCCAAAGACGAUGAUGAACCAGAUGAGUGGGAGAAGCGGAUUUUCAGCACCGGGUGCGCAGAUGAGAAUGCGAAAAUGACGGACUGUUAUUUUGAAAAGAAAGAUUGGCGCGCAUGCACAGCAGAAAUGGAGGCAUUCAAACAGUGCUGGAAAGCUCACAACAACGAUCAACGCACUUCCACCAAAGACAACUAA